CUAGUCAGUUUUUGAUUUUACAAUGCGUCUACUAAUAUUUCUGACAGUAUUAAUAAAUUUUUCAAGUUGUUUGAAUAUUUUGUUCUAUUACGCUGUAAUCGGUCCAUCACAUAUUGCAUAUUUGAGAAAUACAAUUGGAAAACUUUUGGCAAGAGGUCACAAUGUGGAUGUUGUUUUUGCGGUGUAUAAUGAACUUGCAAACUUGGAUUUAUUUCCGGAUGUUCGGCGAAUUUAUUACAAUAGACAUGCUGAUCCUGAUUAUUGGAAAAAGAAUGCAAAUCAUUUUUCCAACAUGUUUGAGAAAUCUCCUACUCCGCUUGGAGAAUUUGAAAUAUUCCACGAAUCUGGCUAUCAGUUGUGUAAAAUUGCAAUUAACGAUUUGAAGCUGAUUGAAUUUUUGAAAUCUGGCAAAUAUGAUAUCGGAUUCAGUAGUGACUAUGAUCCUUGUGGAAAUAUUCUGAUGACAGCUGCUGGAAUUCCGUCAAUUGGAAGUUUAAUUGCGACUCCGAUAUUUUUGCCACACAUUGUUAGCGCUGGACUUCCAACAGUGGCAAGUGUUUAUGGAACUUCCCUUUACCCCGAACAUGACAGCUCGUUGUAUGACAAAAUUUUUAAUUUAAUUCGGCUCACAUACUAUCACUAUGCCAUAUCGCCAGAUAUGGAUAGGAAAUAUAAUAAUCUCAUAACAAAACGAUUUGGGAACAAUUUUCCUGAUGUUGGAACAAUUGAACGAGGAAUUGACAUUAUUUUUGUAAACAGUCAUGAUUUCCUUGAACAACAGCGCCCAAUGAGCCCAAAAAUCAAAUAUAUUGGAGGAAUGGCGAUUCGUAAAGCGAAACAACUACCCGAUGAAUUCGAGAAAAUACUAUCGGUUCCUAAAUCAGCAUAUGUACUAUUCUCAUUUGGAACCCAAGUUCCUACAGCAAAAAUGCCGCUCCCAAUAAGAAGAAACUUUGUGGGAGCAUUCAAAAAGUUUCCAAAUGUGACAUUUCUUUGGAAGUAUGAUAGUUUGGAAUUGGAUGCAGAUAUUUUCCAAGGAGUUGAGAAUAUACACCGACUCGAGUGGUUGCCACAAACCGAACUUCUCCAUGAUAAUCGUGUUAAACUAUUCAUCAGUCAUAUGGGCUUAAAUUCGUACCUGGAGACUGCAACCGCAGGAGUUCCUGUUCUGUCAAUCCCACUUUUUGCCGAUCAACAAAAUAAUGCACAGAAUACAAGAGAUCGUGGAAUGGGUCUCUUACUUGAUCGAGACAAAUUGACAACCAAAAACAUUGAAUCCGCUUUGCACGAACUUCUUGAAAACCCGAAAUACCUUUCAAAUGCGAGAUCGAUUUCAAAGAUGAUUCUGGAGAAACCGGAUAAGGCGAACGACACAUUUAUUCAUUGGUUGGAGUUUACAGCGAGAAAUCCUGGUCUGGGAAGAGUGCUGAAACUACCCGGAGCUGAGCUGAGCCCGUUUUAUUAUUACUGCGGAGAUAUUUUAUUGCUGGUUUUUUGUAUACUUUUUAUUAUUCUUCACACUGUUCUGAGAACAAUCAAUUUACCAUCUAGAAAGAUCAAGAGUGAAUGAAGAAUUUUU